GGAAUGCCUGGAAGAGAUGGUUUGAUGCACUUAAUUUAACUAAUUGAAGUAGCUAAGUUAAUUAUAAAUAUGGCUCUGGUAGACUGCGGUGUCACGAAUUGAGUUGUUGUUGUUGAAUUAAUUAAUUGAAGUUGAUUGAUCUAUGGUUUCCAUUUGCUAAGUACAACUAAAGCAUGAAACAUCAAGAGCAUGCUCUGACUCUAAUAUAUUUCAAAGAAUAAAUAUUUUAGAGCACCAACCUUUGUGUUAUCAUUGACAAAAUUUAACUUCAAUUUUAGGUCUACCUGGUCGUGAUGGUAAGGUUGAAUUGUCAAUUUACUGAGUGCAAGUAAAAUAGUUAAUCAAAAUGUUAUAUUAGGAAUGCGUGGCGAUCCUGGUGAUCCUGGAAAAAAAGGUCGAAACGGUAGAAAAGGAGAUAUUGGUCCUAAAGGAAAAAAAGGAAAAAAAGGUAAGACUGGCAGACCCGGUCCAUCAGCUUCAAAAGGAGACGUCGGACCAGCUGGAACCAAAGGUGCUAGAGGAGAGCCAGGAACUCGUAAGUUUUACAUUUCACUAGAUUUGCUCCUUGCAGUUGAUCUUGUUCGUUGUGUUUCUGUCACAGCUGCUGGUGGUUCAUUGGGUGCUAGUGGUGUUACUUAUGUUCAUUGGGGAAAGAAAACCUGUACAGCAUACGGAGUACAAACACUCUACUCUGGAAUCGCGGCUGGGACUCAUCACAGUCAUGCAGGAGGUGGAGCUAACACUCUCUGUCUCCCACUUGAUCCUGUAUGGGGAUAUUACAAAGACGGUUACCAAGGAGCAAGUUAUAUUUAUGGAGCAGAGUAUCAAUUGUGGCAAGGCAUUCAACCAUUCAUCAACAAAAGAUUGAAAGAUUACGAUGUUCCUUGUGCUGUGUGUUACGAUGCCAAUAAGAACACUCAAUUCAUGUUACCAGCAAAGAACACCUGUCCCACUGCAUGGAGUAGAGCAUAUUAUGGAUAUCUCAUGGCAGAACGACAUAGUCAUUCAGGAAGGAUCAUGUACGUGUGUGUUGACUACAACGCAGAGGGAUUCCCUGGAAGUUAUAGAAACGACGAUGAACAUCUGUUUCAUCCUGUUGAAGGUGUAUGUGGAUCCCUUCCAUGUCCUCCUUACGUCAACGGUCGAGAGCUGACCUGCGCUGUGUGUCUAAAGUAAGAAAGAUGAGAAGAACGAAAUGGUCUUAAGGAUAAAAAUAUGAGCACUAGGCUUAAUUGGCACUACUAUU